GCUGGCCUUGAACUCGCAGUUAUCCUUCUGCCUCAGCCUCCCAAGUGCUGGGACUACAUGCACGCUCCACCCAGCAUUGCUUUCUUCCAUUUUUAAGAAUUCAUCGGCCAGAUUCUGAACAGUGCCUUGGGGUCACCCAUGCAUGCCGUCCUCCUGACUCUCCAGAAGCAAUUGGACUCGUAACUCAUACCUGAGACCAUGGGGAUUGGAAUAAGGAACAUUUUAGUGGAUAAACCAAAUGACCAGUCUUCAAGAUGGUCUUCAGAGAGCAACUAUCCUCCCCAGUACUUGAUUCUGAAGCUUGAAAGGCCUGCUAUAGUUCAGAAUAUCACAUUUGGGAAAUAUGAGAAAACGCAUGUCUGCAAUUUGAAGAAAUUUAAAGUCUUUGGUGGAAUGAAUGAAGAAAAUAUGACAGAGCUAUUGUCUAGUGGUUUAAAGAAUGAUUAUAACAAAGAAACAUUCACCUUGAAGCAUAAAAUUGAUGAACAGAUGUUCCCUUGUCGAUUCAUUAAGAUAGUUCCACUCCUGUCCUGGGGGCCCAGUUUUAACUUUAGCAUCUGGUAUGUUGAACUUAGUGGCAUUGAUGAUCCUGAUGUAGUACAACCUUGUCUCAACUGGUACAGCAAGUACCGUGAACAGGAAGCCAUUCGCCUUUGCCUAAAACAUUUCAGACAACACAACUAUACAGAGGCUUUUGAAUCACUGCAAAAGAAAACUAAGAUAGCCCUGGAACAUCCUAUGUUAACAGAUCUGCACGACAAACUGGUGCUGAAGGGUGAUUUUGAUGCUUGUGAAGAAUUGAUUGAGAAAGCUGUAAAUGAUGGCUUGUUCAAUCAGUAUAUCAGUCAACAGGAAUAUAAACCACGAUGGAGUCAAAUCAUUCCCAAAAGCACCAAAGGUGAUGGAGAAGACAACCGGCCAGGAAUGCGAGGGGGCCAUCAGAUGGUUAUUGAUGUUCAAACAGAGACUGUUUAUUUGUUUGGUGGCUGGGAUGGAACACAAGAUCUUGCUGACUUCUGGGCAUACAGUGUGAAGGAGAACCAGUGGACAUGUAUCUCUAGAGACACUGAAAAAGAGAAUGGCCCAAGUGCCAGAUCAUGUCAUAAAAUGUGCAUUGAUAUUCAACGGAGGCAAAUCUACACAUUGGGACGCUAUUUGGAUUCCUCUGUGAGGAACAGCAAGUCUCUAAAAAGUGAUUUCUACCGUUACGACAUUGACACAAACACGUGGAUGUUGCUAAGUGAAGAUACUGCUGCUGAUGGAGGACCGAAACUGGUGUUUGAUCAUCAGAUGUGUAUGGAUUCAGAAAAACAUAUGAUCUACACCUUUGGUGGUAGAAUUUUGACAUGUAAUGGCAGCGUAGAUGACAGCAGAGCCAGUGAACCACAAUUCAGUGGGUUGUUUGCUUUCAACUGUCAGUGUCAAACCUGGAAACUUCUUCGAGAGGACUCCUGUAAUGCUGGACCUGAGGACAUCCAGUCUCGGAUAGGACACUGCAUGUUAUUCCACUCAAAAAAUCGUUGCUUAUACGUAUUUGGUGGCCAGAGAUCAAAAACCUAUUUGAAUGAUUUCUUUAGUUACGAUGUGGACUCUGAUCAUGUAGAUAUAAUAUCAGAUGGCACCAAGAAAGACUCUGGAAUGGUCCCAAUGACAGGAUUCACACAGAGAGCAACCAUCGAUCCAGAACUGAAUGAAAUACAUGUCUUAUCUGGACUCAGCAAAGACAAGGAAAAGAGAGAAGAGAAUGUCAGAAAUUCAUUCUGGAUUUAUGACAUUGUGAGGAAUAGUUGGUCUUGUGUCUAUAAGAAUGAUCAAGCUGCAAAGGAUAAUCCAAGUAAAAGUCUACAGGAGGAAGAACCAUGUCCAAGAUUUGCCCAUCAGCUUGUUUAUGAUGAGUUACAUAAGGUUCAUUACUUAUUUGGUGGGAACCCAGGAAAAUCUUGUUCUCCAAAGAUGAGACUUGAUGACUUCUGGUCACUGAAGCUGUGUCGACCUUCGAAAGAUUAUUUGCUGAGGCACUGCAAGUACCUCAUAAGAAAACACAGGUUUGAAGAAAAGGCCCAAAUAGAUCCUCUUAGUGCUCUAAAAUAUUUGCAAAAUGAUCUUUAUAUAACUGUGGAUCAUUCAGACCCAGAAGAGACAAAGGAGUUCCAGCUCCUAGCUUCUGCCCUAUUCAAAUCUGGUUCAGAUUUUACAGCUUUAGGCUUCUCGGAUGUGGAUCACACCUAUGCUCAAAGAACUCAGCUCUUUGACACCUUAGUAAAUUUCUUUCCUGACAGCAUGACUCCUCCUAAAGGCAACCUGGUAGACCUCAUCACACUGUAACUGAAGAGUCACUGGCCACACAGUAGAGAACAGGAGGCACUUUCAGUGUGUGGAUCACAGCUCUGUUGAAUGAAGUGAAGCUGCAGUGAUUGAGGACUGCACCAGAGUGUUGAAGGGAUCUUUACCAUCACAAGUUUUAACCCUUUUCCUUCGUACCUGACCUCAACUCUGUUCUCAUCUUAUUCCUAAAUUAGGCUAAUAAAGUGAAAUUGGUAUUCUUUCCACUUAAAUAUA